CCCGCCACAAGUCUCCAGAGUAGCCCAGCUUUUCCAUGUCGCAGUUGUUUCGGACCAUUGAGGUUUCCAUCCGCUUCCACCGCAUCCUGGACGUUCCACUCCAGGCUUGUUUCUUACUACACAUCGCUGGAGCUUUCGGACUAAACUAAGUUUGACUCUCUGAGGUUUCCGUCUAUUCUCCCAUCGUGCCAUGUGCCGCUGCUAGGCAACCGUGCGGCCUGGUGCUUAGUUUGGAAGGGGUAGGCGUAGACUAAGCCGGACAAGGCAGGACUGGGACCGACGAGUGGGCGGGGCCUCUAGAAGAAGUGGGCGGGGCCAAAACUUGGGAGUGCUUUCGCAAUCUCAGUAUUGUCCGCCCCCAGAGGCUCAGAACACAGCCCUUUGGAAUCUGCUUUGAUCCCGCGAAAUCGCGGACUACGGACACUUGAGUGGCCCUCCCCACCCCUUUUUUUUCCGGAACUCAGUGUAGCUUUUCAUUCAAUUCUACUACACCGAAUUAUGCAUUAGAAUUGUCCAUCUUUAAUUUCAUUCCCUUCACAACUUUGUGAUAAUUGUAUUAAGAAUAAGUUUUAUCUAAAAUUUCGUUUAAAAAAAUGCUAUUAUUCGGACAGCAGUAACCUGGGCAAUCUCAAAAGCUUGAUGAGACUUCGCAGCUCAAUUCGGACUGGUUCGGUAAUGAAAGGGCGAAAAGCAUUUGACUCUAUGAGAGUGGUGGACGAGUCCCAGUGGGAUGAAGCCGUCUGUACCUUAGCAGGUUGUCAGCAUCCACAAUGUUGGGCAUCUCUCCGACGGAUUGAGAGGGGCCAUCCUAGGAUCCUAGACACAUCCAGCAAAUCUGCCUGGGAAAUUGAAGAUAAACUCCCGACACUCACUGUUGUAAAUAUCAUGGAUACCUGCUUGUGGGCCAAGAAGAGGGUGGUUCAGCGUCAAGCAUCAGAAUUUACCUUCCCUAAGGAACGUUCUUUAUUGUCAAAACCAGCCUCCAAAUGUCAUGGAAGGUCUUGGAAGUCUUUACAUGACAAAGAUGCGACUAGCCAUUCUAGACCUCCCAAACUUUCAGUAUUGAAUCUGAAUGAAGCAAAACUUCCUUUCUCUGGAGAUGACAGAAACAUGGUUGUGACCUGGGUUCCAGAAGAAAUGGCGAAGAAAAUGAUACAAGAAAAGGCUGGUGUUCCCAGCAGGUCUGUGAAGAAGAGGAGAAAGAAAUGGGGAGAGACAAGCAAGCCGUCUCUGUAUUACCGUGGAAGGCGGUACUUGAGGAGCCCAGCAGUGCUUGUACCUCCUCCCUCCCCAGUACACUUCUUGGAGCAAUUACAUUCUGAAGCCAUACCACUAUGGGCUCAAGUCGACAUGCUUCCGCAGGAUCUACUGAAGGAAUGCAUCUUGUCACAUGAGAAAUCCACAGCUUGCCCUGAGGUGAAAAUGGAGUUGUCUAAGAUGAAAAAGUCUCUUCCCCUGGAAAAGAGCCGGCCUGACAGUGCCAUCUCAUCUAAGAUGUAUCUGACUGUCCAGCGCCUCACCCUGCAAAGACCAUCACUGCGGUAUCCUGAUUGCCUGAAGAAGCUGCGCCACAACCUGAAGCGAGAUUCCUGGAAGCAGCAGGAGGAGAAAACCUCUACUAAGAAACAGGAGGCUAAAAAAAAGAAAGCCAAGCAAGAUGUUGAGGAACAGUAUGGGGAUGAUACCACGUCGAGCGAUUCCUUCCAUGACCAUUCCUUCCAUGACCAUUCCUUCCGUGACCAUGUAGGACUCAGAAUAUCACGACGUGAAAUUGAACGAAAGCUGUUGAAAGGGGAGGUGGGAAUGGAGAAAACAUCCCUAGAGAGACAGGUUUCCUUAGAAGAGCCAAUGGCAUAUGAGUUCGGCAGCUACUACAGUGCCAGCUACUACACCAGUCCUGAGAGUGCUGUACUAUAUGAAACAAUUUACCAGGACCUUAAUGACGAGGAGGAGACUGAGUUGGAAGUCGAGUCUUUCAGCAAAGACAAUAACCCCAAGAGCCUUUCUGCAGCUAUGGACAAUAUCAGCUGGAACCCCGAGCUCAAACUGCUGAGGAUUCUUCAGGCCACCGAGGAGGAAGAUGAGGAAGGCCAUCUUUCUAGGGCACAGAGUGAGGCAUCUCUAGAAGCUUAGGCUCAAGCCAUCACUUGGGGGCAGCCUUAGCCAGAAGAGUUCUUGGUAUUCUGAGGACAACAACCUUGGACACAGGGAAGAAAAGAGAGAAUAUUGUUCUUUGGAUCCUCCAGAAGGACCAGGCCCUAGACACCCUGUAUUCUUCAUUUAUGUUUUACUUCCAAAUUGAGUGGGGAUAAAGGUCUAAUUCCAUGGAAUAGAGGCAGCUUUUCCACGAUUAAACACAACCCCUUCUAGCAAA